AUGGCUUCGAAAGGCCAGGUCGAGAGUUUAACCGAGGAGGCAAUUUGUCCCAUCUGCCUGGAUUUCUUCACCGAUCCGGUGUCACUGGAGUGUGGACACAACUUCUGCCGCUCCUGUAUCACACGAUGUUGGGAAAUGAAGAAGAGAAGCUCCUGUCCGGAAUGUAGAGAGGAGUUUGCGGACCGCACCCUCAGGGUAAAUCGGGCCUUAGCAAGUCUGUCCGAGAAACUUCGAAGAUUAAAUCCGAAAGGGAAGGAGAGUAAACUUCACUGCGAGGAACAUCAGGAAGACCUGAAGCUGUUUUGUGAAACUGACAAGAAACUGAUCUGUCUGAUUUGCAGAGAUGCGCAAGAACACAGAGAGCACCGCUUCCUGCCGAUUAAAGAAGCUGUUGAAUUUUACAAGGAUCGGAUUAAAUCUUCCUUAAAACCUCUCGCAAAAAUGAAAUCGGACUUCCAGGAAAUGGAGCAACAACAGAAAGAGAAGAUCUCCGAAGUUCGGGAACAGUCACACAGCCUUCAGUUCCAGAUCAUAACCCAAUUUGCUAAACUGCACCAGAUUCUCACUGACAAGGAGCAGCGCUUACUCAGAGAUCUCAGGGAAGAAGAGGAGAAGAUUCUAAUUCCAAUGAAGAAAAAACUUCAAGAGAUUCAAGAGAAUUUAAAUUCUAUUCAGGAGAAGCUCUCAAAAUUACAGGAACGAAUGUAUCAAGAAAACAGCAUGAUAUUUCUCAAGGAGGAAACUCGUCAGAAGAGGAGGAUCAGUGAUGAUGUGCACACAUUGUCAGUGACUAAAGGUUCCCUACCGGUUGAAAAAUUCGAUCACCCCUUUUUGUUGAAUACAGCGUUGAGGGAAAUGUUUGAUACACUUAAGCAAGUCUCUGUGACCCUGGAUGUGGAAACGGCGCAUCCGUUGCUCGAGGUGUCUGAGGAUCGGAAGAGUGUGAGACAAACCCGGACCCGGAGGGAUCUCCCCGACACCGGGAAGAGGUUCACAGACUGGGAAUGUGUGUUGGGAUCGGAGGGAUUCACAUCGGGGAGACAUUACUGGGAGGUGGAGGUGGCGGGGAAUCGGGGCUGGAGUCUGGGAGUCGCCGCAGAGUCUGUGGAGAGGAAGGGAGGGGUCGAACUGAUCCCGGAGAACGGAUCCUGGAUCAUCGUGCGGGCUGGUAACGAGUUUUAUGUGAACACCUCCCCUCGAUCCAGUCCCCCUGCCGGUUCCAUCCCCGGGAGGGUGGGAGUUUAUCUCAGUUACGGGUCCGGGACAGUUUCAUUUUACGGCGCGGACACCAAGUCCCAUCUCCACACCUUCACUGGGAAUAAAUUCACGGAGAAACUUUAUCCUUUCUUCUGGACUUGGGAUGGAAACUGGCUGAGAAUCUGCUCCGAUUCUGCUCCGGGUCUGUGGGUUCAGCAGCUCCCCGGGAGUGAAAGGAUUUUGAAUCAGGAAGUGCAGGGAGUUAACAUGGCUUCGAAAGGCCAACUCGAGAGUUGGACCGAGGAGGCAAUUUGUCCCUUCUGCCUGGAUUUCUUCACGGAUCCGGUGUCACUGGAGUGUGGACACAACUUCUGCCGCUCCUGUAUCACACGGUGUUGGGAAAGGGAGGAGAGAGACUCCUGCCCGGAAUGUAGAGAGGAGUCUGCGGACCGCAACCUCAGGGAAAAUCGGGCCCUAGCAAGUCUUUCCGAGAAAGCUCGAAAAUUAAACUUGAAUCCGAUAAAGAGGGAAAGUAAACUUAACUGCGAGGAACAUCAGGAAGAACUGAAGAUGUUUUGUGAAACGGACAAGAAACUGAUCUGUGUGGUUUGUGUAGGUGCCCGGGAACACAGAGAGCACCGCUUCCUGCCUAUUAAAGAAGCUGUUGAAACCUACAAGGAUCAGAUUAAAUCUUCCUUAGAAUCUCUCACAAAAAUGAAAUCGGACUUCCAGGAAAUGGAGCGACAACAGAAAGAGAAGAUCUCCGGAGUUCGGGAACAGUCACACAGCCUUCAGUCCCACAUCACAUCCCAAUUUGCUGAACUGCAUCAGAUUCUCACUGAGAAGGAGCAGCGCUUACUCAGAGAUCUCAGGGAAGAAGAGGAGAAGAUUCUAAAUCCAAUGGAGAAAAAACUUCAAGAGAUUAAAGAGAAUUUAAAUUCUAUUCAGGAGAAACUCUCAAAAUUACAGGAACGGAUGGAUCAAGAAGACAGCUUGAUAUUUCUCAAGGAGGAAACUCGUCAGAAGAGGAGGAUUAGUGAUGAUGAGCAGAGGUUGUCAGUGACUGAUGGUGCCCUACCGGUUGAAAAAUUCGAUCACCUCCUUUUGUUGAAUACAGCGUUGAGGGAAGUGUUUGAUACAAUUAAGCAAGUCUCCGUGACCCUGGAUGUGGGAACGGCGCAUCCGCGGCUCGAGGUGUCUGAGGAUCGGAGGAGUGUGAGAUGGACCCGGACCCGGAGGAGUCUCCCCGACACCAGGAAGAGGUUCACAGUCCGGUCCUGUGUGCUGGGAUCGGAGGGAUUCACAUCGGGGAGACAUUACUGGGAGGUGGAGGUGGCGGGGAGUCGGGGCUGGUGCCUGGGAGUCGCCGCAGAGUCUGUGGAGAGGAAGCGAUGGGUCGAACUGAUCCCGGAGAACGGAUUCUGGACCAUCGGGCGGGAUGGUCACGGUCUUUGUGUGAACACCUCCCCUCCAUCCCGUCUCCCUGCCGGUCCCAUCCCCGGGAGGGUGGGAGUUUACCUCAGUUACGGUUCCAGGACAGUUUCAUUUUACAGCGCGGACACCAAGUCCCAUCUCCACACCUUCACUGGGAAUAAAUUCACGGAGAAACUUUAUCCUUUCUUCGGGACUUGGGAUGGAAACUGGCUGAGAAUCUGCUCCGGGUCUGUAACCGGGUCGGGUCCCGGGACCGGCCCACCGCCAUGGGGUCGCACUGCUGCGGCCGCCACCCCGCUCCCCAGGCUCCCCGACGACUCUCCGCCUUCACCGGGAGGUUUCUCGCCGCCGCCAGAACCCGCCUUCCUCACCGACCCGCCGCGCUGCCAUUGGCCACCGCCUCAGUUUUCCAAUCCAGCCGCGCUCUCAUUGGCUGGCCCCGGCGUCAAUCAUCGUCCUUUCCAGAAUCGACCCGAACGCACGGAGUCACGGGGCCACCGCGCUGCCAUUGGCCGCGGCUUCAGAACCUUCUACAACCUUCGUCGAGUCGAUAUAAAAAGACGGAGCAUUGGCAAACGGGUUACAAUUCGCACGGAGAGGAAACGUUUUCGUGAGAAGACCAAGACCAAGACCAAGACCAAGACCAAGACCAAGACCAAGACCAAGACCAAGACCAAGACCAAGACCAAGACCAAGACCAAGACCAAGACCAAGACAUGCCUGGAUCCAAGGGAACAGCCAUUGGUGGAGAUCAUCGCCAAUGACCAGGGCAACCGCACCACCCCUAGCUAUGUGGCCUUCAAUGACACCGAGAGGCUCAUCGGCGAUGCGGCCAAGAACCAGGUGGCUCUGAACCCAUCCAACACCGUCUUUGAUGCCAAGAGGCUCAUUGGGAGGAGGUUUGAUGACCCAACGGUGCAGUCUGACAUGAAGCACUGGCCCUUCCAGGUGGUGAGUGACGGAGGGAAGCCCAAGGUGAAGGUGGAGUACAAAGGGGAGAAUAAGACCUUUUACCCAGAGGAAAUCUCCUCCAUGGUGCUGACCAAGAUGAAGGAGAUUGCUGAGGCUUACCUGGGUUCUACUGUCACCAAUGCUGUCAUCACUGUGCCAGCUUACUUCAAUGACUCCCAACGCCAGGCAACCAAAGAUGCUGGUGUGAUAGCUGGUCUCAAUGUCCUGCGCGUCAUCAACGAGCCAACUGCAGCUGCCAUUGCCUAUGGGCUGGACAAGAAGGGUAAAGGGGAGCGCAAUGUGCUCAUCUUUGACCUGGGUGGUGGAACCUUCGAUGUGUCCAUUCUCUCCAUCGAUGACGGUAUCUUUGAGGUGAAAUCAACUGCUGGUGAUACCCACCUGGGAGGAGAGGACUUUGACAACCGCAUGGUCAAUCACUUCAUUGAGGAGUUCAAGCGUAAAUACAAGAAGGACAUCAGCCAGAACAAGAGGGCGGUGAGGAGGCUGCGGACAGCCUGUGAGAGAGCAAAGAGAACCCUGUCUUCCAGCACCCAAGCCAGUAUUGAGAUUGACUCUCUGUUCGAGGGCAUUGACUUCUACACCUCGAUCACCAGGGCUCGGUUUGAGGAACUGAAUUCUGACCUGUUCAGGGGCACUCUGGAGCCGGUGGAGAAAGCCCUGAGAGAUGCCAAGUUGGACAAAUCCCAGAUCCACGAAAUAGUCCUGGUCGGAGGCUCCACCAGAAUCCCCAAGAUCCAGAAGCUACUGCAAGAUUUCUUCAACGGCAGGGAGCUGAACAAGAGCAUCAACCCUGAUGAGGCCGUGGCCUACGGGGCUGCUGUCCAAGCGGCGAUUCUGAUGGGGGACAAGUCGGAGAAUGUUCAGGAUCUGCUGCUUCUGGAUGUUGCUGCUCUGUCGUUGGGCCUGGAGACGGCAGGUGGGGUCAUGACCGCACUCAUCAAGCGUAACACCACCAUCCCCACCAAGCAGACCCAGAUCUUCAGCACCUACUCUGAUAACCAGCCUGGUGUCCUGAUUCAGGUGUAUGAAGGUGAGAGAGCCAUGACCAAGGACAACAAUCUUCUGGGCAAGUUUGAGCUGAGUGGCAUCCCUCCUGCCCCUCGUGGUGUGCCCCAGAUUGAGGUGACCUUUGAUAUCGAUGCCAAUGGCAUCCUCAAUGUUUCUGCUGUUGACAAGAGCACUGGCAGAACAAACAAGAUCACCAUCACCAAUGACAAGGGCAGGUUGAGCAAGGAGGAAAUUGACAGAAUGGUGCAGGAUGCAGAGAAGUACAAGAAUGAGGAUGAAAUGCAGCGGCAGAAGGUUGCAGCCAAGAACUCCCUGGAGUCCUAUGCCUUCAACAUGAAGGGCUCUAUGGAGGAUGAGAAGGUGGCCAGUAAGAUCAGUGAAGAAGACAAGAAGAAGGUAAUUGACCUGUGCAACCAGACAAUCUCAUGGUUGGAGAGGAAUCAGAUGGCAGAGAAGGAGGAGUUUGAGCACAAGCAGAAAGAGCUGGAAAAUCUCUGCAAUCCCAUCAUUGCCAAACUUGCUCUUGUCAACAGCAGAAACAUUGAGGAUGCCAUUGGCAUCGAUAUCAAAGGUCACCUCAAUCUGGGGCACACCACGAGGGGCAGGAGGGAUGCCACUCAGCUCAAACUUGCCCAGAAGAUUGUUGUCCUUGGUCAUGGCUCUCUCACCUUCAUACACCUGAAUCAGGACACCAGGCUGGUUAUCAGAGUAGGUGCUGAAGAUCUGGGUCUGCUUGGUGGGGAUGGUGGUGUUACGCUUGAUGAGUGCAGUCAUGACCCCACCUGCCGUCUCCAGGCCCAACGACAGAGCAGCAACAUCCAGAAGCAGCAGAUCCUGAACAUUCUCCGACUUGUCCCCCAUCAGAAUCGCCGCUUGGACAGCAGCCCCGUAGGCCACGGCCUCAUCAGGGUUGAUGCUCUUGUUCAGCUCCCUGCCGUUGAAGAAAUCUUGCAGCAGCUUCUGGAUCUUGGGGAUUCUGGUGGAGCCUCCGACCAGGACUAUUUCAUGGAUCUGGGAUUUGUCCAACUUGGCAUCUCUCAGGGCUUUCUCCACCGGCUCCAGAGCUGUCCGCAGCCUCCUCACCGCCCUCUUGUUCUGGCUGAUGUCCUUCUUGUAUUUACGCUUGAACUCCUCAAUGAAGUGAUUGACCAUGCGGUUGUCAAAGUCCUCUCCUCCCAGCCCAUAGGCAAUGGCGGCUGCAGUUGGCUCAUUGAUGAUGCGCAGGACACUGAGACCAGCUAUCACACCAGCAUCUUUGGUUGCCUGGCGUUGGGAGUCAUUGAAGUAAGCCGGCACAGUGAUGACAGCAUUGGUGACAGUGGAGCCCAGAGCCACCUGGUUCUUGGCCGCAUCGCCGAUGAGCCUCUCGGUGUCGUUGAAGGCCACAUAGCUGGGGGUGGUGCGGUUGCCCUGGUCAUUGGCGAUGAUCUCCACCUUGCCAUGCUGGAAGACCCCAACACAGGAACUGCGGGGGCUGGACGGACUCUCACUGUGAUUGGCUGCUGUUGCUUCUCCCCCGAGGCUGAUGCGAAGAUGGCUGCGUUGGCGGAUGGUAUUUCACAGCUGGUCCUGGACGUGACCUGCUCGCUCUGUCAGGCCAUCUUCGUCGAUCCCGUAGAGUUGGAAUGCGAGCAUUACUUCUGCAGGGAAUGCAUCACCAAACACUGGGAACAGCAGGGUCAGCGCGUUUGUGCCCUAUGCUCAGACAUCUCACCUGCCGGCAUCUUGAAGAGUAACCGCAAGCUCUCGAACAUCGUGGUGACGAUCUGCAAAGAGCAGGCGCGGUUGGAGGAGAGCGCAUCACCUCGCCACCGCUGCCCAGAGCACCGGAAGAAAAUGGAGCGUUUUUGCGUCACCGACUGUGAGGUUAUCUGCCUGGACUGCCGCGAUUCAAGAAAGCACUUGCAUCACGAUGUCCUCAACGUGCAAGAGGCUGCUGAAGAGUUCAAGGGACAACUUCAGAAGUCUGUGACUAAACUGCAAGCCAUGGUUGAUAAGCGCAAGCUGGCAAAAAGCAAAUAUGAAGAAUUGCUGGAGGAUAUCUCAAAUAUGACACAGAAUAUCAUGGACAACAUCAAGAAAAGCUUUGAGCAGCUUCACAGUUUCCUCUACAAGGAGGAGUCUGCUCUGCUCCAGCAGCUGAAGGCUGAGGUAAACCUGCAGAGCACCCAGGUGCAAGAGAAGAUUGAUCAGAUCCCUAAAGACUUGUCUUCUCUAGAUGCCAGCAUCAAGGCAAUGGAGGAGGAAAUAAGCCUACAGGACAACAUUGCCUUUCUACUGAAUCUAAAAGAAACACAGAAAAGAGCAAAAAUUUCCGUGCCUCCCUUGGAACACUUUGUUGUGAAGGUGAAGCCAGAGAACUACCUGGGUCCUCUGCAGUACUGGACUUGGAAAAACAUGUUCAAGAUCUUAGACCCAGGUCUGUCUAACCUGACUUUUGAUCCUGACACUGCCUGUUCCCACCUCACCCUCUGUGGGCCAACCAGAGUGAGGUACAACGAGAAGCCCAAGUUGGUUCCUGACAUCCCGGAGAGGUUCAAUGUUGCCGCCUUCAUCCUGGCCACCGAAGGGUUCACAACAGGGAAGCACUACUGGCAAGUGGACAUGGGGGAUGGGAAGGAUUGGAGUCUGGGUGUGGCCAAGGAGUCCAUCAACCGAAAGGGUGACAUCCGGCAAUCUCCCAAAUAUGGAUACUGGUCUGUGUACAGGGAUAAGGACAACUUUGGAGCUUUCCUGGUCCACCCUAAAGUGAUCGAGGUGAAGGGGAUUCCCACCCGGAUUGGGGUUUACCUAGACUAUGAAGGUGGAAGGGUUUCCUUCUAUGACGCAGAUGUCUUUUCUCAUCUCUUCACUUUCCACACCACCUUCACUGAGAAGGUCUACCCUUUCUUUUACCCUGGCUUGCACGUGACCAAGAGCAACCGUGGGAUGCUGAGAAUACACCACCUCUACUUGUGAGUGAGCUGCGGAUUCCUCAAGGGGACAAAUUCAACCUCCAGCUUCCUUAAUGCAUACUCAUUUUGUUUUCUUCUCCUCCUCCCCUGGCCCGAUGCUGUAUGUCGUAUUUCCCCCACCACCCUCCCCUCCCCGAUCUCUCCUAAAGCUGCCAAUUCCGGUGGAGUUCCACAAGUUGACCAGCCAAGUAGACGAGUCACAAGCUUUGCCUGUGGUUCCAAAGUGUGUCACACAACUAGGAAUUGUUGGCUUAAAAGACAGUCAAGCAAAAAAGUCAGCAAUAGUGAGCAAGGAGAGGUCUACUCCUAAUGUGGUUACGAGCAAGGUAGUGAGAAUGGUUUUAUCAUUUCUGGCAAACCCCCAAGCCAACAUUUUGCAUUAUUGUGCACUUCAAUGUUGGAAACGUUGGCCUGGAAGGGAAGACUGACCUUGGUUGCUUAUCCUGCCUUUGGAUUUGGAGGAUUUAAGCCGAGAAUUGGUAGUAACCGUCCAGUAUUUUGUGGUGCCUACUGUGGGUAGUCCAAAUCUCGGAAGGUUAUAGGAGGACAGAGUUCACAACUGUCCAGCAGACAUGAACUUUGUGCUGGCUAUUUUGUCUUCAUCCUCUAACACCCUUUUCCUCAGAUAGCUAAAGACACAAUGAAGAUGGUAAUGAAUUUCAGCAUCGAUUUCUGCCUUCCCUGAGAAUUGGCUCCGAAGAUAUGGGAAGUGGUCCAUGUUUUCCAAGGUCUCAUCGCGGGUGUUUAUUGUUGGGCAGCGGGGUCACAUUCAUAGAGAACCUCUGUUUUGUGGAGAAUGCAAGGCCCCUCCUGAGUGAACAAGUCAAUGCUAAUUGCAAAUAGGGUGGCAGAGUGUACCACUGUGGUACCCCCUUCAUGUUUAUGGAUUGCACAUUGGGUUGUUACAUCUUCCAUCGUCUCCAGUGUUGCAUGUUGCAGAGGUUCAUGCUGCCAAUCUCAACAUAGAUCAAAGACCAAGCCAGACAGAGCACAGACAUAUGCCACUUUAGAGCAGCUGUACUGUGCUGGUGUUUUUGCUCCACACUUGGCCCCCUCCAUCCUAUCAGCAUAUUACUCUGUAGUUCCUCAGUCCAAGCAUCAUCCUUAAAUGUAUCUUCGCUAUUCACCUCACCCUUGAUGUAGUGAGCUCUAUGUUCUUGUUGCUCUCCAGAUCUCUCUUGCCUUUAUCGCAUUUGAAACACUAAAAUCUUGCAAUAAACAUAAAUGAUUUGUCCGCUCUAGACACAGGCUAAAUCUACCAAUAUCAGCCUUGUCAUUAACCAUUGCAAAGCAAGAUUUAACAUGCAGCUCCAAAUCUUUAAUACUAAUGGAAUAGCCUACCUCAGCAGGACCACCCAUUAAUUCCCUAGCUAAACCUCUUCUCCUUGUAUCUUGCUUGCAUUACCUUAAAUACACUCUUCCUAGCUGCAUAUCUUUUAAUAGCAUUAGAGUUAAAACCAUUGAUCUUUUUGAUUCUAAAAUUUACCUUACUCCUUUCCCUAAAUCUCUUAUCGUUUUCCCUAUUGGAUAUUAAAAGGUGGACAGAGAGGGAAGAAUUUGGCUGCACUGGUGAAUAAUUAUUGGCUGUAAUGCACUUUGUAAUAUUCUGAAAUGGGCUUAUGCAAAGCAAAUCUUUACACAGUCUGUAUGUUUUAACAUGGGUAUUGCAUAUAAUUGAAUAACUUUGACAACAUCAGAAUUUGGUUACAAAAGCAAAGGAACUUAAAAAUUUGAAAUAAAAGCAGAAAUGCAUCUGUAGGAGGUGGGAGAGAAGCUCGAGAGUUGUCUUUUGAGGUUGAUGGACAUUCAUUAUGCAAUGUCAUUGACAUUUUUAAAACAAAACUACCAAUACAUUUCUCUAAACAAACUGGAAGAAAUUAUACCCAAUCUCCACUGCUUCCAAUGGGUGAGUUGGGAAAAGUCAGAUUGUUUAGUGUAUUGGUUGGCUGCUAUAAUGUGACAUCACUGUUGCAUUAUUUCUGCUGUGUUUAAAAAGCAUUCUCUCUGUCUCGUGAUGUUACCAAGUUGCAUCCUGCUUCAGUUUAACUGGAAGCUGUUGUUCGGUGAAACUCCUGUCACCUCUCAGUACAAAUUAUAAGCUUCACUCCCACCCAAUACUGACCCCAAACAUCAUAUACUUGGAAGUAAUUAAAAGGAUUUAAGGACACAAUUGGACAGAGCUAUUUGCUUGUUGCUGGCACUCUGUACACCCAGAGAAGAUAUGAUCCACUACCCACAGUAACUAGUGUCUAUCGGACCAUAAUGGGCCACUUUGUUCAUCUGCACUAACAAUAAUUUCCAUUGUUGUCCUAGGGUGGCUGCAGUAUGUGACUGCCCAAUAUAAACGUGAAGAUUUUAAAUGGUGGUGACCUCUGUUUUUCUUCUUCUGCCUACUAUUGGCUCAUUUGCUAUCAGAAAUAUUUCGCUGUGAGACCCUGAGGUUUUUACUGUUGAAAAGGUUAUAAAAGAGGGACACACAACCUGAUCCUUGAAGCUUGGGCAGAUUGGCCCAGUUUGUCCUUAAGUCUGAUUUGAGGUGAGCAAGUUGGGAGCUUUUUGAGUGAGCCUCUUAGUUCAAUUGCCUCUGUUGGUGGACGGAUCCGAAAUCAGGAACUAACAAUCUCUAGAGUGUGGUAGUUAUUCAAACCAUAGCAGCAUGGAUGCAGCUCCUCCGCAUUGCCAAUCCAAGUGAUUUAGGUGAAAGAGAUGCUUGUUUCUUUAGCUUCUUUCAUGACCCCAGGAGUCCUUUAAAUUCUUGAAAGCCAAUGAUAUGCUUUAUGUUCUUUUAUUUAUCAAUUUUUAGGAUCUGGGCACUGCUGGCAAGGCUGGCAUAUAUUGGUAAAUUGGUUUAUUACGGUGAAAAACUUGUUUUGCAUGCCAUCCAUGCAGAUUUCAUUACAAUGGUGCAUUGAGAUAGUACGAGGGAAAAACAAUAACAAUGCAGAAUAUAGUGUUACAGUUACAGAUAUUGUCUGCCUGCACUGCACUAAGGUGCAAGGCUAUAAUGAGGCAGAUUGAGGUCAAGAGUCCAUUUUAUUGUACUAGGGGACCAUUCCAUAGUCUUAUAACAGUGGGAUAGAAACUGUCCUUGAGCCUGGUGGUACUUGCUUUCAGGCCUUUGUAUCUUCUACCUGAUGGGAGGGGGGAGAAGAGAGAAUGUCCGGGGUGGGUGGGAUAUUUGAUUACAUUGGCUGCUUUAAUGAGGCAGCAAGCAGUAUAGACAGAUUGCUUAUUGCAAAUUGGACACUGUUGAAGAAUGUCAUUGCCUUGUAAUCACUGUUGCCUAUUAAUGCACAGCAAUCUCCUACAAACAGCAGGGUGCUAAUUGCCAGAUAAUUUAUUACAAGUAAUGUUGACGGAGGGAUAAAUAUUGACCAGCAGACCGGUGAUAACUCCCAUGCUCUUGUUCAAAAUAGUGCUGUGCUAUCACUUGCCUCUACCAGAGAGGCUGAUGGGACUUAACAUCUCGUUGGAAAGAUACCAGACUGGUUCCUCCGCACACUUUUGUAUGUAUGUACUCAGAAACGAUAUAGUGCGGAAGGAGACUGUUCUGUGCAUCGUGCAAUUCUUCCUCUCUCAUACCUGCAUUUUCUGUCAAUUGUCUUAACGCUCUAUCUUUCAUUUACUGCUGUAAACUUUCAUUUACUCUAUGUAGUUUUACUGCGUCAAAACUCCUCAAAAUUAGAACACCCCUGCUGAAUAUCAUGCAAAAAAAGUGAUUAAAAUUCAUGCAGUAAACUCAUUGUUGAAUUAUGCAGAAUAAAAAUCUAACCAUGUGCAUAUUGUGGGGCUGCGUCGUGACCAAUUGCAGCUGUCAAAUCUAGAUUGGAUUUAAUUGUGGCUUAAAGAUCUGAGAAUGGAGAUGAUCAGCUAUGCUUUAUUACUUACUUACAACACUGGUGCAGAAAUCUGUAGCUGUAUUGUUUUAAAUCAUUAGGUUGGCAUUCCCAUUUUAAGUCUGGAAGCUGCUUCAGGGCAAAUAUAAUGGGAAUUGUUAGAGCAACAUCCAAAGAAUUUCUGCUCCCAUGUGUGGCAAAAAUUUAAUAAUGCAAGUCAGUCAAUCAGCUUUGAAAAUAUUAUUUGAGACGCUUCCAAUGAUGUGCACUAAUUUGGUUGUGAUAUUUUUAAUAGCAGCUUUUUAAUUUUUGGGAACGAAUCAAUCAUUUGUUUUAUUAAGAUAUUGUGGAAAUAUUACUUUUGCAAUAAAAGCACAAUUGUAAAUUAUUUUGUUCUAAUAUUAGUAUAGCCCUAACCGGUUGAUCGCAUAUGUGUUUCUUGCCAGGGUUAUUUAGAAUGUCGCAGUGUUUGUUGUGGGUGGGUGGUUUUGUAUUUGAAAGCACCAUGCUUUGCUGUAUCUAGAGAGUCAUUGAGAGACACAGCACAUCGAGUCCGCACCAUCAACCACCCAUCCACACUAAUCCUAGGGCCAAUUUACAGCAGCAGUUAACCUAUCAACCCCCACGUUGUUUUGAAUGUGGGAGGAAACUGGAGCACCCAGGGAAAGCCCACGUGGUUACAGGGAGAACGUGCAAGCUCCAUAUAGACAGUACUGUUGGUCAGGAUUGGACCGGGGUCUCUGGCACUGAGGCAACAUCUCAACUAGUUGCACCAAUGCUGCCCAUUCCAGUACUCACUCAUGACCUCUGUAAUAGGAGACCAUUUCAAGUCGA